UUUCCUAUUGGAGGUUUGAUGGAAAUUUGGUGCAAGUUAACAUCAGCACAUCAGACAAAAACCAUCUCGUCCUACACAUUCUUUGAAGAAAUCAAUUGUUGUAUUGUUCUUUGUUAAACCCCUCCCUAUCCUCUGUAAUUUUCAUUACAGAAAAAAAAAUCCAAAUUUUCCUCUGACAUAACAUAGCAGCAUCAAUGGAGGAAAAACAUGAAGGGAAAGGACACAGGUUAAUCCUGAUGCCAACACCAUUCCAAGGUCACAUAACACCCUUACUCCAACUCGCUCAAAUCCUCCACACAAAGGCUGGUUUCUCCAUCACCAUCAUCCACACCAUCUUCAACUCCCCUGACCCAUCUUCUUAUCCUCACUUCACCUUCCACCCCAUCGCCGACGGCUUAUCGGAAACCGAAACCGCCACGCUCGAUGCGCUGCACCUCACCGACCUCAUCAACAUCAGAUGCAGACACCCUUUGAAGGAUUGCUUGGCUACGUUGUUGUCCCAGGUUGAUCAAGACCCUGUUGCUUGCUUCAUUGUUGAUGCUGCGCUUUAUUGCACGCAAGGUGUUUGUGAUGAGGUUCAGCUUCCUCGUCUUGUGCUUAGGACUGGUGGAGCUUCCUCUUUUCUUGUCUUUGCCUCUUUCCCUCAAUUGAGAGAAAAGGGGUACCUCCCCAUUCAAGAAUCUCGAUUGGAGGAACCUGUGGUUGAUCUUCCUCCGCUCAAAGUGAAAGACCUUCCAGAGUUUCAUUCACUCCAUCCUGAGUUAUUUUAUGAAUUUGUCUGUCGCGUUAUUGAAGAAUGCAAAAAAUCUUCCGGGGUUAUUUGGAACACCUUUGAAGAGUUGGAAUCAUCUGCACUGGCAAAACUGGGCCAAGAAUUUUUGAUACCAAUAUACCCUAUAGGCCCUUUUCACAAAUACUUUCUUGCAGGCUCAAAUUCCACUAGCUUGUUGACCCCAGACAAAAGCUGCAUCUCUUGGUUAGAUACACAAGAACAUAAAAGUGUUGUUUAUGUGAGUUUUGGGAGCAUUGUAGCGAUAAGCGAAGGUGAGUUCUUGGAGAUAGCUUGGGGGCUAGCCAACAGCAAGCAACCAUUUCUUUGGGUGGUUCGACCGGGAAUAAUCCGCGGCUCGGAAUGGCUUGAACCAUUGCCAAGUGGGUUCCUAGAGAAUUCGGGGGGAAGAGGCUGCAUUGUGAAAUGGGCUCCCCAAGAACAAGUGCUGAAGCACCCCGCAAUCGGAGCAUUUUGGACUCAUUGUGGUUGGAACUCGACUUUGGAGAGCGUGUGUGAAGGGGUUCCAAUGAUUUGUAGUCCAUGUUUUGGAGACCAGAAGGUAAAUGCCAAGUAUGUGAGUGAUGUUUGGAAGGUUGGGGUGCAAUUACAGAAUAAGCCCGGGAGAGGAGAGAUUGAGAAGACCAUUAGCAAACUAAUGCUUGGGGAUGAAGCAAACGAGAUUAGAGGGAAUAUCUUGAAGUUGAAAGAAAAGGCAAAUGUUUGCUUGAGUGAAGGUGGUUCCUCUUACUGUUUCCUUGAUCGCUUGGUUAGUGAAAUAUUGUCGCUGAAAUCUUCUGCAUCUUGAGCUCAUUGAUGCUAAUUCAGAACUCUGUUUACAUUCAACCACAUGCAAUUGGUUGGAGGAAGUAGGAGUAGCCAUAUUAUUAUAAUUGGAUCGCAAAUAUAAUAAUGUGGGGAACUGGGACAGUCCCUCCAACAUAUAACUUUCCCAUGGUUCGAAAUUGUGUCAUCACCUGUUCGAGGAUCUAGUGUGUCUAUCACUAGAUCAACACUUUGUUUGUAAAUGCAGAUAUAGCAUGUGAAUAUUGGCAACCAUUGCUCUUUCCUUGUAUACAGUUCAAUGAUGAGUGUUUCUUCACUUUUCUCAAUUCACAUGUAUUGUACUCUUACUCUCUAUUUGCAUAUAUUCUGUUGAGCUUUAUUUUGUAAUAUAUACUUGAGUUUAAUUUUGUAAUGUAUACUGUUAAUAUUCUCUUAGCA